AUGGACCAGAGCGAGGCCUACCUCGUGGACUUUCUCGACCUCUCGAGCUUCGACUACUCAGUACAGUGGUCAUCACAGGAAACCGAGAUCCUCGCGACGCUACUGCACCCCAUUGACGAGUCGCCACCGCAGUCUGCCGACGACCUCGCGACCUUGCCGCCGUCCAAGGUGAAGCACAACCUCGCGCUCAAGCGGUACCGCAAGAAGAAGCGCGACGAGAUGCAGCAGCUGAAGGAAGCCGCCAGUGAUCUCGAGCUACGCCUCUUGCAGCUGCAGAUGGCCAAAGCCGCGUCCGACUCGCUCCAGCCGCCGACCAAGUGGCAGCAACUCGUGGUGAACGAGCGGCAGCGCGAGAAGCAGGCGUGGGCCGAGAACGAGAAUCUGCGCAAGCUUGUGAAGGAGCACAUGAUCACCGCCCAAGUGUUUGCGCACAUGCUCGAAAAGACGUGGGAGCAGACGCAGUCCAUCGCGUUUCUCGAGACGCCCGACGAGAAGUGGAAGCAGCUCAUUCUCGUCCUCGAUCCGGCGCUGCGGCACCGCGCGAUGCACCAGAUCCUCGACCGCGAGCAUCUCCGGUGCCAUGAUGCGUUCAUCCAAGCGCAACUCAUCGACGUCGACGACGAAUUCCAAAAGCACAUUGCCAAGUUCCACCACCACAACGCCCACGAGUUCCAUACGAUCGUGCACCGGCGGACGCGCCUCCAGCUGCGCUGCGUCGUCGAGGGCACGUGGAACGUCAUCCGCGGCACGGCUGGCGGCAUCCCCAACAUGAACCGGUCCUGCAAAGAGCUCAUCGACAUUGACGCUGACACGUCGUACGUCACGGGGUGGUUUGACCACCCGCUGGGAAAAUUCCAGCGACGCGUCCUCUGCAAGCGCUACUACGACACGCAGGACGUGACGACAGCGGCCAAGUGCAUCAUCGUGUGUCGAAGCAUUGACGACGACGAGCAGUCGCCGUACGAUCCGUCGACGCCAUACUCGAACGAAGUAUCGUGGCACCUCCUCGAAGCCAACGCCGACGGCGCCGACUUCAAGUAUUUUCAAAAGUUUCGACCGUCGCAGUGGACGACAACGCUGACAGCGCACUGGGAGAAGACACUGGAGCAGGCGUCGCACGUGAUGCGCCGCGCCGUGAACCAGUACAUUGACGGGUUCAUGGGGUAG